AUGACAACGCGGAUCCUCAGUCGCUCGCGGCCCGCAGCCAUUCGGGGUACAAUUGCUGCCGGAUCCCUUGCCGUCGGCAUCACCACCAAGUCUCUCAUCCAAGAUACUCGCGCCGACUCGCGAGCGUCUCCGCCAAAGGUCUUCGACGGCGGACCAGCUUUCGUUUCGCUGCUGCUGGAGAGCGCAGACAUGGUGAACCACGACACGCGGCUGCUGAGGUUCAAGUUUGCAGAUAAAGAGGCUGUCAGCGGAUUACCUGUGAAUUGUGAGGGACAGAACCGGCCUCCCCUCUUGAAACACGAAUGCGUAGCAAGUGCCAACGAUAAACAUGGCGUCAAUACUGGCCCUGUCGUGGCCAGGGGAAAGAUUUUUCCCAGUCGCAAGGCCGUAUACCCCCAUCAGUUCAACCGGUAUGUACCACGCUGCACGACUCCCACUGCCAGAGGUUUACCAAGAUUGACGCGAGCAUCACAAGACGAACAAGGUCACCUCGACCUCAUGGUCAAGCACUACCCCGACGGCAGAUCCAGCACCCGUCUACAUAACCUUCAGCCGGGCCAGUCCCUCUUCUUCGUCGCCUCCAUCAAGGGCCACCAAUGGAAACCCAACUCCUUCCCUCAUGUCACUCUCGUUGCUGGCGGAGCCGGCAUCACGCCAAUCUACCAGCUAACGCAGGCCGUUUUGCGCAAUCCCCAGGACAAGUUUGCCGUGACUCUGGUUUUCGGCGUCAACAGCGACCGGGAUGUCCUGCUUAAGAAGGAAUUCGAGGAGUGGGAGAAGAAGUUCAAGGAUCGCCAUACAAGAAGGGCCAUGUGA